AUGGCUGCCAAAUCAUGGUUCCCACCUGCAGCUUUGGAGAAGAACACUGAUUGUUCCCUCUCUCAAAGGAAUAAUGGUUUGAAGGAUACCGAUUCCUCUGACUAUAGCUCUCCACUCCGUCGCCCCAAGCCUCUACUCGUGGAAAAAACAACUAGCAACGGGGAAAUAGUGUAUGAGUACAACUCAGAUCAAGAGGUUGUGGAUGCCUAUCACAAAGAUCUUGACAAGUACCACAAGAAAUUGGCUCGUCAACAACAACUGCCCACUCUUAAGCAAUACAGUUAUGCUCGAAAUAUAACUGAUUGGGAUAAUCUAAAGCAGAAGAAUGCAGUCCUAGACGUUGCUGAAUCUGUGCUGCGCCUUUCUUCCUCUCAUGAUGGCAAAGAGAUCAAUAGCUGUAGUGGUAUUAUCAUUGAGUGGGAUGAAAGUGAUCAAUCUGCUAUUGUUGUCACUUCUUCUCAGAUUAUAGCCACAAAGGUAUCAUUAGAUGAUUGGGAGGAUAACAAUGUUUACGUUCCCAAUGCCAAGGUGACUGCUCACCUGUUAGAUGGAACCACAUCUGAUCUAACAUUAUUGUACUUCAGCAAACAUUAUGAAGUUGCCUUUUUUAAGGCUAUGGGAGCUUCAAAGUUACAAGUUGCAUCAUUGGAACCUGAUCUCGAGUUUGGUAGUGAAGCUUGUGUGUUAGCGAGGGAGAAAGAUUUUGGAUUAAUUUGUAGGCGGACGAAGAUACUUGCACUGGAUCCUUGUGACCACCAAAGGAAUCGCUAUCUAUUCAUUGGUGGCUCAAUUCCUGAGUCCUGUACUGGAGGAUCAUUGGCAGAUUUCAACCAGAAAGUUGUGGGGAUGGUUGUGAAUGCCUUACCUAACUUUGCCUUUAUUCCUAGCUCCAUUAUCAUCAGAUGUUUGCGAUUGUGGCAAAGUUUCAAGAAAAUUGCUCGACCCCAUCUUGGUUUAAAGCUAAGGACUGUUCAAUUUCUUGACAUAACACAUCUCGAGCAGUUAUCCCGCGAUUUUAAAAUCAAGGUUGGUCUCAUUGUUGGAAAGGUGUCUAGCGAAUCACUUGCUGAGAGAAAUGGUUUUAGAACUGGUGAUGUCAUCUUUAGUUGUCAAGGAGAGUCUGUUUCGACUAUAAGUGAGUUUGAAGGUAUACUGUUGGAUAUUUGUGAGAAACAAUUUAAGGAGGGUAAGGGUCUGAACGAUGAAGUGGAUGUUGAGAUUGGUGUCCACAGACUGCGUAAUCCUGCCAUGAGGAGAAUGGUCACUUUGUCUGUAAAACUUUCACAUUUUUCUUCCUUCUAUAGUAUCUGCAGUAAGGUUCCAGCUACUAAGGACGCGUUUCGAUUCUUCACGACGCUUUUCUUCAGCUUCUUCCCCUUCUAUAGUAUCCGCAGUAAGGUUCUAGCUGCCAGGGACGCCAGUUGGUCUUCCGCCCAUGAUUCGGUGCUCCCGUUUGCCGGCAGCUGCGGCUCGGGGAUUCACUGCCCUCCCUUGGCUUGCGUGUGUCGGGAGCAGGAGGGUGCUAGAAUCCUAAAAGAUCAGGGACUAGGAGGAACUCUGUGUUCAAUGGAGAAGGAAAAUCUGAUGCUGUCGAUGGAGAAGCUGAAGCAGCAUGCUGGUGAGGGUAGUGGUCACGCUUUGCUAGAUGACAAGAUGGCUGAGAUGAUUGGCCGGCUGAAACUCACAGUGGAAGAAAGUGAUGCCCUCAAAGUGGCUGAUGAUAUUGAGGAUUUACUCGCCACAUCCAAGUGCGCGAUUAUUGAGCAACAUGUUAUUACUAGGGGCAUAUCUAGUUCAGUGGAGAAGACAGUUCCUGCAUGGAAACCUCCCGACACGGGCUGGCUGAAGGUGAACAUUGGUGGUGCUUUAAAAAAUGAGAACAAAGAUGGUGCUUGGGGUAUCGUGGCAAGAGAUGCAGCUGGGGAUCUGGUGUUAGUAGGAGCCGGCAAUGUAAGCCCCUUAUGGCUGGCAGUGGAGGCCAUUCAGGCGCAUGGCAUCUCCAGGAUUCAAGUGGAGACGAAUUCUAGUCAGUUGUGA